AUGGCUAAGCUCAAACAAGCACUGUACAGUACCACACACACACCUACGGACAACGGCACACCCACGGCAUACGACUCAGAGAUGCCGCUCGAGUGCUGCAUCUGCAUGCGAGACUUCGAUGGAGACUCUGUGGCCCACAUCAUCAGAGGCUGCGGACAUGUGUUU